AAUAAACAACCCCCCUCUAUAACGCCACCACCACUUUCUACAAUUUGCACACACUCUCUCUAGAACUACAGAAAAACAAGGGAAAAUGACUGAGGCAGUGAUAAGGAAGAAGCCAGGAAUGGCGAGUGUGAAGGACAUGCCACUUCUCCAAGAUGGGCCUCCUCCGGGUGGGUUCGCCCCCGUCAGGUACGCCCGUCGGAUACCCAACAAGGGCCCAAGUGCUAUGGCUAUCUUUCUAGCUGCUUUUGGUGCCUUCUCGUAUGGGAUGUACCAAGUCGGCCAAGGGAACAAGAUCCGCAGGGCACUGAAGGAAGAAAAGUUUGCUGCACGUAGAGCAAUAUUGCCUGUGCUUCAAGCUGAAGAAGAUGAAAGAUUUGUCAAAGAGUGGAAGAAGUAUCUUGAGUAUGAAGCGGAAGUGAUGAAGGAUGUCCCUGGUUGGAAAGUAGGCGAAAAUGUAUACAAUUCUGGGAGAUGGAUGCCCCCUGCAACAGGUGAGCUCCGCCCUGAAGUUUGGUGAUACCUUUUUUUAUCAACUCUUUGUCCACAGUUGAGCUGUUUUCAGUUCAUGGAUGCUUGGUCUUGUUCACAUUAAGCAAAAUAAAAGAUUUGGAAAUUAAGAAACUUAUUUCUGUAUGGAGAGUAUUACCAAUACCGGAUAUGAUUCUUUCUUUCUUUCUUUACCUUCUACGUCUUCUGCAUGGAAGGCUAACACUCGCCAUUGCCAUUGCUGGCGAAAUAUAGCUGGAAAGCCAUCCCACUGUUCGGAUGGGGGUAAUAAGGUUCUCUUCUUGAUGUUUGUAACAACUUUUGGUGGAAUUUAUUUGAGUUUGUUUUUCUUUGGUGUCUA